GUAUGCAGAGACCAGAAGCUAUAUGAGUGUGUUUCACCGAUGGACCGGAGCAGACCCUCUAGUCAAUAAGUGCUACAUGUGUUCCACUGACAAUGGACUUGUAUGAGGUAGUUUAUGGCAGUAAAGGUAGACGCCUUUAAGAGAUAUACACCAUAGAGAACUGAUAAGACGCCAGGACAAAACACGGAAUACCUUGGACUGACCUCACACCUUGCUGGUGAUGACUCGUGUGGAUCUCUGUUAUCAGGUGCAUUGACGUCAUUCACUGACACAUCAGAACUGCUUCCAUAGCUUGAUAUAAUUCCUGGUUUCAGGGUAUUUAAAUGUUGAAAUACUACCUACAGUAUAUAUAACUUCGAAUUCAAUGCAUUUGGUCAGCUCUUAUCAAAGAGUGACAAUACCAGCGUUUACUGGCAGUGUAUAAUUGUCGCAAAUCCCGUGUAAAUUCUAACGCUGUAUUUAUACUUGCCGACAUUUGUAUUGUAACGGAAUUAAGUUCUAUUCAAACUUGUGAAGAUGAUGAGUGUGCUGUCCUCAAAGUUGACAAAGACCACGACGUACACAGAUAUUUAAUUCAAGUGGAGAACGUUUGUGUUAUAUAUUAAUACAUUUACUUCCGAUGACGUCACUAAUCUGAUAGAAAACCGACGGAGCUAGUGUUAUCUUGUCAUUGCCCUACACCAAGGGGUUCACAAAAUCUCGUGAUAGUGCACGUGACCCUGGGGUUAAAACUGGGGUUUAAAGAAUUCCGGAAUCCAACCUCAACGUUUCAAAGGACAUUUCGCGGGUAACGCAGCCACACUGCAGCAAUGGACAACUAUUCCUUCCCCGCGAAAUCCUGCGUCCCCGGGAAUGAAAUCAAGGAUGAUUUCGACCCCAGCUUCCUCAUCCACUUCAACGCUCCCAGUCCUCCUCCCACCUUCCCCACCUGGGAGAUUGCGAUCAAAAUUCUUUUCUAUGUGUUGGCGAUGUUGCUGGACGUUGUGGGCAACAGCAUCGUCAUUCUCAUCAUCGUCCUGAACAGGAAGAUGCGGACGACGACUAAUGUGUUGAUCUUGAACCUUGCGGUGUCGGAUCUCAUGGUGGCUGCCUUCUGCAUGUGGGUGCACGUCGGGUAUCAGAUCGCCCCUGAGUGGCCCUUUGGGGACUUUGUGUGUAAGGGGAACACGUUCUUUCAAGUGUUGUCAGUAACGUCCAGCGUCCUCACCCUGACGGUCAUUUCCGUGGAACGCUUCAUGGCGAUCGUGUUCCCCUUCCGGGCCAAAUGGUCAUCUGUGGUCACCGGGGUGGUCAUCGUCCUGACGUGGUGUGUAUCGACCAUGAUAGCCUCGCCUCACCUCUGGAUCCGGCAGCAGUUUAAGUGGCAGUGGAAGGACAGGCUCGAAAUUUGGUGUGAAGAGGUUUGGCCGAAAAUAUACAAGAACGCGGAAUGUGAGACAUACCAACCCGGCAAGCUGAUAUACUACAUUGUUGAGGGCGUCGUCAUGUACUUCGUCCCCAUCGCCGUCAUGAUUGGGGCCUACUCCGUCAUCACCAUCAAGCUCUGCCUCCGCAAGGCUCCAGGGACGCUGAUCGGCUCCACGGCAUCAGCUCAAGAGAAAUCCAAGAGAAAGGUGGUGAAGAUGUUGGUGGCGGUACUGGUGGUGUUUGUGCUGUGUUGGACGCCGCAACAGUUCAUGCUGCUCUGGGAUGUGUUUAGACCCAAGGGGAAGAAGAUCGAGGCUUACUUGGACGACAUUAAGUAUGCCGCUCUGUACGUGGCCUACCUCAACAGCUCCCUCAACCCCGUCCUGUACGGCGGCUUCAACGAGAACUUCAGAAAGGGCUUCAUCGAGGCGUUCCGUUGUCUCCUCAUUAAGAAACGGAAUAAAGUCGGUCCAGUAACCCAGAGCAGCCGGAACCCAGUCGGACCCGGAAGUGGUGCUGAGAACAUACCCAUAGAAGCUACCAGGUCGUCUGUCUACCACCUGUCUGUACCACGAGCUGUCUAAGACAGUCGUAGAGGCACAGGCCAGAACACACCCUAUCAGAACCUCCUGUGAGGAAUAUACGUUCAGCCCGUAUGUUCACCAUAUAUGAACCCAUCGAAACGUGAGAUCUGGCUUACGUGUACAGAGUAGAUCAUGAACUUGUCAACACCCACGUGACGGGAGACCUGGGUUAGGUGUACAGUGUAGAUCCUGAACUUGUCAACACCCACGUGACGGGAGACCUGGUUUAGCUGUACAGAGUAGAUCCUGAACUUGUCAACACCCACGUGACGGGAGACCUAGCUUAGCUGUACA